AUGUUCCUGCGAAUAUGGGGCACAAGGACUUUCACAUAUUCGUAUUCAGUGGCCGUAAUAGUUCGUAAGAGUUAUUCUCGAGUGAUUUUAUGCACUUACGAAAAGGCUUCCUUUUCUUCUUCCGGAACAUGCAAUUUAGUGGUUAUGCACUUUCUUAAUUCCUUGAAACCUAAGUAUCUAAGACGUAUUAACAACAAAGACAGAUGAGAUUGGACUGUUCAUAUAUGACUUAUGUUCCACAGUCAGCUAGCCAUACUCAAGCCUCUGGCUGAAAGUGAACCCAGGGCUCGGACAGAGCUGCUGGUUAUUAAAUCAGACGCUAGACAAGUACUUUCGUCCUAUGAGCUCUGGACCGGCAUUUCGAGGAUAAAAUGGAAAACCCUUUUCACUCGGAAACCCCUAACGAUCGAUCUAUGCUAAUUCAGUGUGAGCCAAUUUCCACCUGGUAUUUUAAGUUGAUUACUAUGGCCUUCUUGGCUUAAAAAAGCGGUUAGUAUUAGGCGGAAUUUUUAGUGCAAACAGUUGUCCAUCUCACAAAUGCAAAAGAAUAUGUGCAUCCCAGGUUCUUGUUUAAAAGAAGACGAAGGCAAAAUCACUGGAACGGUAGAUUUACUGAUCUGAGCUUUCGAACUCGAACUGGAGUUCAUCAUCAGACUGCUGCACUCUAACAUACUCUGAUGAUGAAUUCCAGUUCGAGUUCGAAAGCUCAGGCUAAUAAAUCUACCGCCCCAGUGAUCACGCCUUCGUCUUCUUUUAGUUGUCCAUCUUGCCUGGUCGCUUGUUAGCACAGAGCAUACAUGCCAUUGUUGGCUACUUUUCCACCUUCGAGUUCUUUAUUUUAUAAUGACUUCUUGCGAAUGCAAAGGUUAUGGGUAUUUUUCACUGUUGUAAGCCAAUUUUAUGUUUACUUUCCAUUCAAGUUGCGCUAUUUGCGGUGGAACUGCUUCUAUACUGCUACGUGAGCGUAAUUCUUGGUCCCAAAGUCACCAUGAUUGGACAGAUGACAUGGCAGCUGAUUGCGUUCCUACCGUUUUUCCUAAUCUUUCUGCUGGCUUUUGGGGUGACCGAGCAGGCAGUCAUCUUUCCCGACCGCACUGGUUUUGAUGCCAACGUUCUCCUCACUGUGUUGGAACGGCCCUUCUAUCGACUUUUUGGUGAAAACGCUCUCGAAGACUCCAGGGGUAAGCAGGGGACAUUUGUAGAAAAUGAUCUGAAAUCGGCUUAA